AUGGGUGUCAUGGAGUUGCUGGGUGUCGAUAAAUUAAUCAAGUUCGGAAGGAUUAUCAAGCAAAUUGGAGGUGUGCGUGCUGCUUUGAAGAAGCGAUAUCUUAUGGAUGUCACGCGUGCUGGAACACUAGUAGGGGAAGACAAGUUCGGCAACAAAUACUACGAAGACAAUUCGUAUUUCGUGCCCCGUAAUAGAUGGGUUGAGUUCCCAGAAAAGGUAAUCAUUGGAUCCGGUUUUGGUGCGGAUUUCUACGUGCGAAGGCAAGCUUUAAUGUUACAGGUAUGGCUCGAUUAUGAUGCAUCACAAGUUCCUCCUGAGUGGCAUCGUUGGCUCCAUCACAUAACUGAUGACACGCCCACUCAAAAACCUCCUCAAAAUGAAAAGUGGGUAAUGCAGCACGAAGAGAACCUGUCUAUUUUCGAGGACAAAAAAUAUAUUCCCUACUCAACAACUCGUACGAAGAUCCAAGCUUGGCAACCGGGACAGAAGAAACAGCAAUAG